AUGACAUGGGACCGCUUUAAGGAGGUAUUCUUCAAGAGAUACUUCCCAGCUUCUGUCCGUGACACAAAGGCAGAUGAGUUCUUGAGUCUAACUCAAGGGACCCUGACAGUGCAGAAUUACGCAUCUAGAUACAUCGAGCUAUAUUGCUUUGCGUCGUGUAUGAUCUCAAAUGAGUAUGAAAAGGCUCAGAAGUUCGGGAAGGGCCUGUGGAAGGACAUCUGUAGGCUGGUGGGAAUGCUGCAGAUCCGGGAUUUUUUUGUUCUGGUGGAGAAAGUCGUCAUAGUUGAGACUAGUCUCCGGGAGGAUAAGGUGGCACAUGAUCAGAAGAGGCUAGUGCCUUCUAGAUUGCAGACUGGUUCCCGUCAAGGGCGGUGGAAGAAGAGGAACUAUGGUUCAGGUAAUCGCCAGGGUACGAAACCAUGGGGUCCACAGGAGAAUCGAUCUCACGAGCGUUGUAUCAAGUGCCACAAAUGGCAUGAUAGUGAAUGUCAGUCAUUUGGGGGUAACUGUUACAACUGUGGCAUAUCGGGCCACAAAGCCUGA